AUGCGGCCGCGGCCGGAAUUACAUCCCGCGGGGCUGCUGCUGAUGAAGAUGAUGCUCCGCACUAGUGUGCUCAUGCGCUACCUGGGAAAUCGUGGUUUUCAUCCAUUUCGAUGGCUAACAGUCCUGAUUGGGGCAACGACGGGGUCUCCGACUGCAGCCCAUCCUCCCCAAGAGCAUUCGUCAAACGAAUUGCCCGGACGUGGAGCCACGGCCGCGGCUUCUAGCCAAUCCAUAGCCACGAUCGGUUCUACCGUCACAGACGGCUCCUGCCUACCGGACCCGCUGCCCGGAGAAACGGAUGGGGGCCACGAGAAGCCGAUGGACAGCGCCGAGAAACUCGGCGGACCUCCGCCGGAAACCGGAAGCCCUGAAUUCCAGGAGCGGAGCCCUUCGCCGACAGCAAAAGGCUUGCUGUUCCAUCCGCACGAGUCUGAGCCGGUGGUGAGCGCGUCGCCCGUGAGCAGCACACCGCUGUGCACGCCCGCGAGAACUGCGACUGGCCAUCAGACUUCGACGUCGAGGAGGCUGUCCCAGCCCCUGUGCGAACUCGGGAAGUUCAGGCUGGACAGCGGCACGCUUGCCUCGGCGUCUGGCGUGCACAGCACGCCCAUGCAGAUCACGCUCCGCGAAACUCUUGGUGACCGGAAAGAGUGGAUCGUGUCCUUCAUAGUCGCGUUUGUGGUCAUUGCAAUGAUCGUGACCUUUAUAUUGAGGUACACCCCGGUCGCGAAGACGCAACCUACAGGUCGCUGCCAUACUCCAGCCUGUUUCAGAUACGCUGGCCAUAUCUUGCUGCAGACGCACUCUGAUACGAUCCUCCAACCCUAUCGUCAAGUGAACCGGUCUCUGGAUCCCUGCCAAGACUUCAGCGCCUACGUGUGCUCGGCCUGGAACCCUCCUGUGACCAGAGCGGACUACGCCACGUCCAGCGUCACGCAUCUCAUCCGCGCUUGGUUCGAGGCCUUACGCGACCUCCUGGACGAGGCCUCGAAGCGCGGAUUCACGGUCGCAAGCGGGCCGGCGGUCAUGCUGCAGGCUUGCUUUAGCCACCGCGUUAGUCCCGGCUUACCGGGCAUCCGAGAGCUACGAGACUUGAUGGCCUCCCUUCACCUCCGCUGGCCCGACCCACCCGUCGAUGAAAGCCCCGUAGUGCAGGUGAGGACCUGGCUUACCAUCCGCGUGUACCGGCGCAGCGCCAACCACACCCGCACCGUGCACCUCGGCCCAGCUGACUCGGUCAGCUUCUUCGUCAAACACCACAGACGCGUGAUGAGUUCAAAAGCCUACGGACGUAUGUGGCUUGCAUUCUAUACACUGUUCCAGAAGUUCGGUAACACUAACACCAGCAUUGCGCCAAGCGCCAACGCCAUACAGAGUUCCGAGAGAAUGCAGAACUUCGUUCUAGAGCACAUCUUCAGCGCCAAGCCGAAGGCAAUGACUCGUUCUGCCUGUUUUUCCGUGUCCCACCUGGGUAGGUACACGGCAAACAUCUCUUCCGAUGAGUGGGUCACCGAGAUAGACAAGGCGAUUCCCGGCGCCCAGGUGCUUGCCUCGGACAGCAUCAGCGUGAGCGACCUCGCGGUCCUUGAAGCUAUCGACGCCAUUUUUCGUUCCUACACUCGUUCCGAGAUCAUGGAUUACCUGGGCUGGCAGUUCGCGCAGCUCUACGGGCCCGUGAUCGACGCGGAUUUGGGCAACGCGUACUUCGGCGACAGGGAACGUGCCGUCAUUUACCUGCGUCACGUGUGCGGCAGACUCGUCGAGGUCGCGUAUCCGGGCCUGUCGUCGGCGCUCUACUAUCUCACGGGCCUGGACGAACCGGCUCGGAGCGCCGUCAGGGCGACCCUGGAGGGCGUCGUCAAUGCCACGGCCACGCUUAUCGAAGGCGCCUCGUGGUUGGACGAACCGACGAAGUCCGCGGUCGCAACCAAGAUCAGAAGCGUCAAAGUCGAGCUCUGGCCCCCUACGUGGAUCCUAGAGAAGGAAGCCCUGACCCGGGUCUACUCUCACUUCCCGAUCAACGCGACGUCGCUAACGGGCUUCUUCAGAGAGUCGAGAGAGGCGAUGACGGAACUCGCCGAGUCCGAUCCCGACUUCGAAGAGGUGCUCUGGACUCCUCUGAGCGGCUCGAUGCCUUACCUAAGCUACGACGGGGCGCUCAACGAGGUGUCCAUAUCGGCGGGAGCAGUCCGGUUUCCUCUCUUUGUUCCCGGCGGCACAGCUGCGAUGAACCAUGGAGGUCUGGGUUCCUCGUUCGCGCGGCAGUUGGUCCGUUCUCUGGACAGCCGCACGGUGACGUCUGAAGGACGGUGCGUGAGGGGCGACGACGGUGCCUUGACCUCGUUCACGGCGGCGCUUCACCAGAGGCCUUCGUGCCUCGUUCCGGUCGACAACGGCAGCUCCUUCCUGGAAGUGGCGGCCCUGGAAACCGCCCACGCCGCCUUGGUCAACAGCGGCGCGCGCAACGACAGGCGUAUCGUCGAAGAGUUCUCCAACGAGCAGAUAUUCUACAUCGCGUUCUGCUACUUCGGAUGCGGCCCUCGCGGGGGCCACCGCGACUUCUUCAACGAUUGCAACAUGGCGCUUCAGCACUACACGCCUUUUGCGGAGGCCUUUGGUUGUUCCAUCGGAUCUCCCAUGAACCCCAAUGGCACCUGUCGCUUGUUUUGA